CAGUCGAGACAAGUCUCUCUGUUUCUCUCUAAAGAAACUUUCAACUAAAUCCAUCAGGUUUUUCUCAACAGAACAGCAGAAUCUCUGCCAAACCCUGAGUGUGGAUAUGUCUGCUGCCAGCUGUCUGCUGACUGAAGAUCAGUUUCUGUGCUCCAUCUGUCUGGAUGUGUUCACUGAUCCAGUCAGCACACCAUGUGGACACAACUUCUGUAAAACCUGCAUCACUGAACACUGGAAUAUUAAUGUCCCGUAUCAGUGUCCCAACUGUAAAAAGGUUUUCAACACAAAACCUGAGCUGCAGGUCAACACUUUCAUCUCUGAGAUGGCUGCUCAGUUCAGACAGUCAGCUCAACAGAAAGCCAGCAGCAGCAGCUCAGAGCAACAAGCUGCCAAACCAGGAGAAGUUCCCUGUGACGUCUGCACUGGAACCAAAGUGAAGGCCCUGAAGUCCUGCCUGGUGUGUCUGGCCUCCUACUGUGAGACUCACCUGGAGCCUCAUCUGACAGCUUCACGCCUGAAAAGACAUCAGCUGAUCGACCCUGUGGAGAACCUGGAAGGCAGGAUGUGUACGAAGCACGAUAAACUGCUGGAGCUGUUCUGUAAGACCGACCAGAUGUGUGUCUGCAUGCUCUGCACGUAUUCAGACCACAAGACACAUGAUGUUGUUCCUCUGAAAGAAGAAUAUGAAGGAAAGAAGGCCGAGCUGGGGAAGACAGAGGCUGAAACUCAGCAGAUGAUCCAGAAGAGACGACUGAAGAUUCAGGAGAUCAAACGCUCAGUGGAGCUCAGUAAGGAAGAUGCAGACAGAGAGAUAGCAGGUGGUGUUCAGGUCUUCAGCGCUCUGAAGGAGUCUGUUGAGAGAAGCCAGGCCGAGCUCAUCGACACGAUCAAAGAGAAGCAGAGAGAGACAGAGAAACAGGCUGAAGGCUUCAUCAAAGAGCUGGAACAGGAAAUCUCUGAGCUGAAGAAGAGAAGCUCUGAGGUGGAGCAGCUCUCACGCUCUGAAGACCACCUCCACCUCCUCCAAAGCCUCCCGUCCCUGAACGCUGCUCCACCCACCAAGGACUGGACAGAAGUCAGCGUCCGUCCACCUUCAUAUGAGGGGACUGUGAGGAGAGCUCAUGAUCCAGAGUACAUCAGGAAGAUUUCCCCCAAAGAUGAAGGGCCAAGUGAAUACCUCAGACAGCAGAAACACAAGGUGCUAUGA